AUGGCUUCCUCCUACAAUCACACCAGCCCCCAGGAUGUGUGGUAUUUCCUGAUCGGAAUCCCAGGACUGGAAGGUUUGCACUCCUGGAUCUCCAUUCCUAUCUGUUCUAUGUACAUUGUGGCCGUCGUGGGCAACAUCUUCCUGAUCUUCCUGAUCAUGACUGAGCACAGUCUCCAUGAGCCCAUGUAUCUCUUCCUUUCCAUGCUGGCCUUAGCGGACAUCCUGCUCUCGACAGCCACGGCCCCCAAAAUGCUAGCUAUCUUCUGGUUCCACUCCACAAGUAUAUCCUUUGGUAGUUGCGUGUCCCAGAUGUUCUUCAUACAUUUUAUCUUUGUGGCAGAAUCUGCUAUUCUCCUGGCCAUGUCCUUUGACCGCUAUGUGGCCAUUUGUUACCCACUGAGAUACACCACAAUCCUGACCCCCUCAGUCAUUGGGAAGAUUGGCAUAGCUGCUGUGGUCAGGAGCUUUUUCAUCUGCUGCCCAUUCAUCUUCCUGGUGUAUCGACUUAGCUAUUGUGGGAGAAACAUCAUUCCCCAUUCCUACUGUGAGCACAUGGGUAUUGCUAGACUGGCAUGCGACAAUAUCAGUGUCAACAUCAUCUAUGGCCUAACAGUGGCCCUUCUUUCCACAGGGAUGGAUAUAGUGUUCAUCAUUAUGUCCUACACCAUGAUCCUCCGCACAGUGUUUCAGAUUCCUUCCUGGGCUGCUAGAUUCAAGGCCCUGAACACGUGCGGUUCCCACAUCUGUGUCAUCCUUUUGUUCUAUACUCCAGCUUUCUUUUCUUUUUUUGCCCAUCGCUUUGGAGGUAAAACCAUCCCCCGCCACAUCCACAUCUUAGUGGCCAACCUCUAUGUGGUAGUUCCCCCUAUGCUCAACCCCAUCAUUUAUGGGGUCAAGACCAAACAAAUUCAAGAUCUAGUGAUUAAGUUAAUCCACAUGGAUGGCUAG